AUGAACACCACAUUGGUCGACGUAGCACCACUACACACCGACAAACCUCCAGGAGCAUCUCUUUCGGUGCCACCAGUACCACCUUCGACGAGGCUGACAACCAUCAUCUCAGAAAGCUUCUCUCGUGGCCUUGAUGACGAUGUCCUUGUGACUUUCCCCACGUUUCUUAUUCCUCACAAGAGUGCUACUGAUAGCUGUGACACAGACAUCGAUGUCACUCAUUUGGGUUGCUCUAUUUGUUUGGCAGAUUAUAAAUCUACAGAUGUUGUCAGGCAAGGACGACUCAACUAA